AUGCCUGAUGAUCGCAAGGACAGCAGAGGAAACUGGAUCAACAAUUCGAAUUCCCUUAAGCCUCGUGCAAGUCACAAAGCCACUUAUAAGAUCAUCAUUGAAAUGCCAGAAUCCGAAUUAACAAGCAAACAACAUGCUUUUGGAGACCAUCUGACGCACCAACAAGACGACACAAGCAAAAAUGAGAAGUUGCAAGAAUGGCUUGCUGAGCUCCAAACUUCACUCGACUCCAUCAAGCAAAACAUGAUGACUCUCUCUCAAAACGUGGAACUGACUUUGUCCCAAAAUGCGGAACAACUACGCCAAAAUGCGCGCGAGAUUGAGGCCCAUUCGACAGCUCUAAAGCUUACUGACGGAAGAAUCCACAAGCUUGAACGGAAAGUCAAAAAACCAGGUGAAGAUGGUAAAUCUAUAUCCCGAUUGCUCAUAGAUGCUCUCAAGCUCGCAAAUGAACAAAUUCAUGAACUCAAGAGCAGAGUGCAAAUUCUAGAAAACCACAUGGACGCGAUGGACCAUUAUACUUACAGCACCGAUGCUAAAAUGGAGGGACACACAAAAGUUCUUCAAAAGUUUAUUGAUACCUUUGGCAGUAUUGAUCUUCAAGCGGAGUACGAUAGCUAUGAGUCACUCAGCCAAAAGUUGGCUUCCCACCUCAAAGAAUAA